GUGCUGUGCGUGCUCAGCAGCGUCCGCAACAACAGGAACCUCCAGAAGUUAAGUCUCUUUGGGGAUAUAAGCAUUCUGCAGCAACAUGGAAGUAUAUCAAAUACAUACCUCGGCAAGGUUGACCCCGAUGGCAAAAAGAUUAAGCAAAUUCAACAGCUGUUUGAAGAGAUACUAGGCAACAGCAGGCAAUUGAAAUGGCUGUCCUGUGGGUUUAUGCUGCAAAUAGUAACUCCCACAUCAUUGUCGUCCUUAUCAAACCCCAUAGCCAACACCAUGGAACAUCUGAGCUUAUUGGACAACCACAUCCCUGGUAACACCACUCUCAUUACUGCAGUUGAAUUGGAGCGCUUCGUGAAUCUGCGUUCGCUUGCUUUGGAUUUCUGUGAUUUUACGGCUGAAAUGGCAAGAGUCCUGGCUGACAGCAACCAUGUGCCUUUGCAUCGACUGUCUCUCCUGGUCCACAGCGUUUCCAUAAUGCACAAGUCAUUGGACAGUAUGCCAGAAGAUGAGAAUUGGAAGGCGCUGACGCGCAACAGCACUAAUCUUCGGGUCUAUAUCAUGGCUUUUGAUGUAAAGAGCGAUGAUAUGUUAAGGAUUCUUAAGCCCAGUAUUCCCCUAGAGAGGAUUCAUUUCGACAGCUACAUCACUUGUGUUUCUGGAGCUGUUGUUGACCUCAUAUCCAGGCAGUAUGAUAAGUUCCUCACUCAUUUUAUACUAAUGAAUGAUGUGAUAGAUAUGUCUGGCUUCCCAGAUCUUAGUGACAACCGGAACGAAGAUCCACUUGUCUUAUUAGCCUGGAGGUGCACGAGGCUCUCUCUCCUAGCUGUUCAUGGUUACACAGUUUGGGCUCACAAUCUCAUUGCAAUUGCUCGUCUUCGUGGCUCUGAUCUGAAAGUGCUGGAAGUCACAGAGGAAAGCAUUGAUUUUGACCAAGGAGAGCUGGCCGACCAGGACGUGGAUCCAGUACAUAAUCUCAUUGAGCAAGUAUCUCUCGGAUUGGGUCGACCUUGGCAUGCAGUCAUGGACAUAGAGCUGCUCAGUGUCUUCACUGAGCCAACUCGUCAUUUUUACAGAGAGAUGCAAAGCUUCAGUGAAGGCAUUUAGCUCCUUAUUUACAGUUCCUGUGGUUACAUAUGCAAGUAGGGUCCUAUUAUGUUUUUUUUUUUUAUUUUCAGUAGCGUGAAUUAACCCCUUUUGUGCUGUGUUUAAUCAGUAUUAGCUAUAUAGAAUUACAUAUGUGUAUUCUACUUCUUGAUCAAAGAACGUAGUCGGGUAUUGGUUUAGAAGCUGAAAGUGGCAGUGUUUAGGGUUUUCACGGUUAAUGGACUUGUCUACCAAACCUUACAGAGAUGCAGCCAAAGGCUGUCUGAGGUUGCCGGCUAACUUUAUUUUUAUUGAGUAACUGCAUUUUGAAUUAUUUUUGCUAUUAUAUCGGAGUUCUGUGCUCAGGAGCCAGCUGUUUUUGAUAUCCAUAUCCAUAGCCCAGUGGAUUUCUAUGCUGUCAUUGUUUGCUUAAUCUGGUAGCAUGCUACUUAAUAGGCUUAAAAGGAAGAGAGGUCUAUCCAGGGCUGUUCGUCGUUAGACUCUCGCCUUGCUUCAUUUCACAUGCUGGUUCUGAAGCAUGCCCUGCUACCAAUCCCAGUUCUCCUUGGCUAUCAAGCAGUGCUGCGAAACACUCGCUUUUCAGAUACCCGUACUUGCAGAUUCACUCCAUGCUCCGUGGUGUUUCGAGUUCUUUGUGUAAACUCCUCCUAGUUUAUUCUCAUCUUCUGUCGUGUUCCUCAGAAGUUAGCUUUGGGCCAAAGUUUAAGAGAGAAAAACAAGAAAGUGCACUCCGAUGAGGUAGAAGCAUAACAGUAAAGGCUUCAGUAUAAAGGUAUACACCUGCAAACAAACAUUAGUCGUGAAAUCCCUAGCAACUAAGUCACUGGAUUUUCUCUGUCAGCGCCUGUGUCAGCUGCCAAAGAAUAGAUUAAAAACGAAGAAGUGCCCACAUGCUGGCAGGGGCAGGCCAGCUUCUGGCCAGCCAGAUACUGCUAGAUUGUAAUAUAUAAGGUCGAAUUUCGACCUGUGGUACACAGCUGUGCUGUGGCUCAGUCAGCAACCUCAGAACUCUUAACAAACAUGCACCUGUUUCACUGUGAAUAGUGAAUGUAAAGGAAGGAAAGGAAACAAAUACAAAGCUUGUUCUAUCACAGGUAUGAGCUGCUACGAUGCAUGAAGAACAUUCCAUGAAGUAUGUUUUAAAAUCUUGUUAUAUCUGAGAGGCUUUAAAAGCCGAUUUAACUGUUUCAGGGCAACCGCGGUACAGACGUGGUCUCUGUGAGACUUCCACCUGACCCCAGUUUUAAGUGGUACGAAUGUUGUGCAUUUAAUGUUUAAAGGACAGUCUGCAAUAAUAAAGUAAGUGGCCAACGUGGGUGCCCAGCAGUGCUGAGACCUGGCUGCUAUAUUGUAAGCUUUGGAAAACACAAUUUAUGCAACAGAUGUCCAGAUAUGAUUCUAUUUAUGGAAAAAGUUUAUAUGUGUUUUACAAAUGGUUUUACCAUCUUAUAUUAAAAUGACCUUUUGACAGGUGUGCGCUGUUUUGUCUCCAGUGAGCACAUACCAUGCGGAUUUUAUAUGUACAUCAGUAGAGUGAAUCCACUGGCACAGUGUGUGUAUAUGCCAGAUGUGGUGAGAUUUUAUCUUAUAAAUGUGAUCAGAUUAAAAAAUAAACUCCUGACAGAAAAUGUAAGGAAACCAGCUGAGUGUUUGAAUUGAUGACUGAUGUUGUAUGGUUUAUGUUAAAUGUAUAUUCUUUUAAUCAAUAAAUAAAGCAUUAAAAAUUGA